AUGAAUAAUAAUGAGAGGCAUUCAGCUACUCAAGCCCUUAUACAAAAGUACUAUGAUUAUAUGUUGGGGCUCCCUAACCCAAUAACCAAUAGCGAUAAUAAAGACAAAGAAAUAGAUCAACCAGAAGAUAGUAAUGAUAACUCCUUGUUGAGACGUAGAUUUAUUACUAAUUUAAUACGACAUACUCGUUCUAGGCAUUCAACUGCAUUGGAUGAAACUGAUGCAGAGACAGAUACUGAAAGAGGAACGUUAACGAAGUAUAAUGGUGGUAAUCGUAGGAAUCAUAUAGUAAAAUUUAAUGGUACGAAUAUUAAAGAUGGGCCAGUUGAUGAUAAUGAGGAGUUAUAUGAUGAUAAUGAUGAUUAUGAUGACGACGAGGAAGCUAACUUGACUAUAUUAGAAAAAAUGAAAAAUGUUUUAUAUGCAAUAUUUGUUGGAGACUAUGAGAAGGAUUUAUUGAUUGAACGUGUUGGUUUACAAAAGAAACAUGCAAUGACUUUCAAGGAUUGGAGGAAUGCAGCUUUAGAAUUAGAUACAUUGACAAAUAAAACAGAUUGGAAAAGAAAGAGAGAAUCUACUUUAUAUGAUUAUCAACUGAUUGAAGAUGUAACUCGAAAACUAAAAGAAUCAAGACUGAACAAAGACUAUGCUCAACUAAUAUAUAUCAUUAGAACAAAUUGGGUAAGGAAUUUAGGAAAUAUGGGUAAUGUUAAUCUAUAUAGACAUUCUUAUGUCGGUACAAAAUAUUUGAUUGAUGAUUAUAUUGAAGAAUCGAAAUUAUCCUUAAAUGCUUUGGUGACAGAGUCCGAUUUAGAUGAUAGGUAUAUGAUGGGUAUCUUACAACAAACAAGAAGAAACAUUGGUAGAACUGCAUUGGUGUUAAGUGGUGGUGGUACAUUUGGUAUGUUUCAUAUUGGUCUCUUAGCAACAUUAUUUGAAUUGGAUUUAUUACCUCGUGUCAUCAGUGGUAGUUCUGCAGGUGCGAUAGUGGCUAGUAUAUUGACUGUACAUCACAAGGAAGAAAUCCCUGCAUUAUUGGAUCAUAUAUUGGAUAUGGACUUUAAUAUCUUCAAAGAUGAUGAUGAAAAAUCAGAAAGUGAAAAUUUCUUAAUUAAAUUCCAAAGAUUCUUUAAAAAUGGAACGUGGUUUGAUAAUAAACAUUUAAUUAAUACAAUGAUUCAAUUUCUAGGUGAUUUAACAUUUAGAGAAGCAUAUAAUAGAACAGGAAAAAUAUUAAACAUUACCGUCUCUCCUGAUACUUUGUUUGAACAACCCAGAUUACUGAAUAAUUUAACUGCUCCUAAUGUCUUAAUCUGGUCUGCUGUAUGUGCAUCUUGCUCACUACCAGGUAUUUUCCCUUCGAGUCCUCUGUAUGAAAAGGACCCAAAGACAGGGAAACAAAAACAAUGGUCAGGUUCAAGUUCUGUUAAGUUUGUGGAUGGUUCAGUAGAUAACGAUUUACCGAUUUCAAGAUUAUCUGAAAUGUUUAAUGUUGAUCAUAUCAUUGCAUGUCAGGUCAAUAUUCAUGUUUUCCCAUUUUUGAAACUUUCAUUGUCAUGUGUUGGAGGUGAAAUUGAAGACGAAUUUAGUGCUAGAUUGAAAAGAAAUUUAACCAAGAUGUAUAACUUUAUGGCAGAUGAAAUGAUUCAUUUGUUCGAAAUCGGUUGCGAAAUGGGAAUCGCUAAGAAUACAUUAACAAGAUUAAGAUCCGUAUUAUCACAACAAUAUUCCGGAGAUAUUACUAUCUUGCCCGAUAUGAACGCAUUACUAAGAUUCAAACAAUUAUUAUCUAACCCAACUAAAGAAUUCUUAUUAAGAGAAAUUACAAAUGGGGCUAGGGCCACAUGGAGGAAAAUCUCUAUCAUUCAAAAUCAUUGUGGACAAGAAUUUGCAUUGGAAAAGGCAAUAUCACAUUUAAGAGGUAGGAUUAUUGUCUCCUCAUCGAUUAGAAAUCCUUUACAAUUUAAUGAUAGUCCAAUAGGAUUAAUAAAAGCUGCACAAAAAUAUCGCACCAAGGAGAAAAAACAAAAAAUAUUAGAUUUUCCUAUUGGAAAUAACGACGAAAUUGUUGACAAUGAAGAUACUCCCAUCGAGAAAAUGGCCAACGAAUUUUCGACAGGAGAUAAUAGCAAAGAAUCAUCGAAAUCUAUUACGACGGAUAGUGAAGAAAAGAAUUCAACACCGAUAGGUGGAAUAGUUCCAGAUCUAGAUGACAAUUUGGUCGAUUCAGAAUCUACAAACUCCUUGUUAGUAUUAAAGGACAAUGAAAAGAAAGAAGAAGAUAACAUCAAUUUAAAGGAUGAAUACAUAGGAAAUAGGAAUAAUGGUCAUUUCCGUCGUAAAUCCGAUACAGGAUCAAGACCUAGAAAUGGUAAAUCUUUAUCAUUUUCAAUUGCAUCUCCAUCUUCACGUAGUCUAAGGACACCAACUAGAAGAACAAACUCUAGUUAUAAAGAUCAUAUUCAUAAAGCAAGCACUGGCCACAUGUUUCCACCAUUAUUAAAAUAUUCAGAUAAUUCUGAGUUUGAGAGGAUAAAUAACAAUUUGAUAAAUGUACCAGAUGACAGACCAUUGACUUUGACUCCAACAGAAACGACACCCGCUAUCGAGGAAUUAUUAAAUGAGUCUGAUACUACACCAACGAUAAGCCCCAAUAUGUUUGUUAAUAAAGUAAAAGAUACAUUUUAUAUUGAUUCUGAUACUGAGGAUAGGGAAGAUUUGGGAAACUAUAGUUUCACCUCGGAUAAUAAAUCUUCAUAUGGUUAUGAUGGUAACAAAUUUAAAUCUCUAAGAAGACAUAGCGUAGACGAUAAAAUUAAAGAUUUGAAGAUUAGUCCAGGAAAACCUUCGACUAUGCUUAGACAAUCCUCUUUAAAUGUUGGCAGAAGUAGUACUGAAUCUCCUAAAGCAAUAACCACCCAACCUCGAUCAUGUAGCGUGAGAAACAUCGACAUCGAUGAUGGAAUUUCACCAUUUUCAAAUGAAUCAUGCGAUAAAGAGGGUCAUCUUUACUGA